CAUGAAAAAUAAAAAAAAAUCUGAUUAAAAUGUUGGAAGAAUGAAAAUAAGAGACAUUCUGUGGAAAGCAGUCAUUUGAAAAUAUGUGAUAAAAAUAAAAAAAUAAAAUAUGAAACAUACUAAAAUAAAAAAAACAAUAAAUACAAAUAAUGAAAAAUGGUGAUAAAAUAAGGAAAAAUGAACAAUAUAAUGAAGUUAUCCUUAAAGGAAAGAAAAAAUAUAAUGACUAUUGUUUUGUGACUUAGAAGUGGCUGUCAUAGCUGUUGACGAAGUUUCCUAAACUUGAAGAUAUCCAAAUUUCUGCUGAAGUUCGGCGAAGGAGAAGAAGAGAAGAUCUAAAAUGAUAUGUAUAGCGUGGCUCAGCCGACCGUAGGUGCACUGAGAGGAGCUUACAGUGAGAGCAAUUUAUACCAAGGCAACAUGUUUGGGGGCCUAGGGGAACCCAGGCACUAUGGGUCAGUGCCAUGGCUGACCGACAACUCGUCCACGAGAUUCAACGCAGCCACCAACAAGUACAUUCACACGACCUCCUCCGUCUUCGAUGACCCACGAACCCGGGAGAGCAUCAGGGUGGAGCGAGGGCGCGCGACCCUGGAGGACCUGAAGAAGCAAGUGGCGGAGAAGGAGGCGGCCAAGAGGAAGGAGAGGGAAGAGGAGGAGAGGCUCUUCGCCGCCAUGAACGCCCCCGUCGCUUACAAUCCCUCCUUCCAGGAGGAUAAUCCCAGGAGGAGGAACAGAGGUCAAGGCGGAAACGCCAAAGUAGACCAAGCGGCUACGGUGGAAGACGCUGGAGGAGGCUAUUACGGAGACUACGGCGGAGGCUACGGUGGGGGAGGAGGAGGAGGCUACGACGGCUUAGGGGGAGGCGGAUACAACGAUUACGACUACGGAGGAGCAUCGCAGCCAGAGUACACAGUUCCCAAGUUCUACGGAGGACGCCGCCCUCAGAGAUUUAACGCAAACAUGACCUCGGAGGAGCGGGAUAUGGUGAACAGAGACCGCCAGGUCCAGGUGGAGGGGGAACUCCAGUGGCAGAUCCAGAUGAAGAAGCAACUGGACGCUGAGAGGAAGAGGAAAGAGGAGCUGGAGGAGAGGCUGAUGGAGGAGAGCAUCAAGAAGCAGCAGGAGAAGAUGAAGAUGGAAUACGAGGCCGAGAUGGACAGGCGGAGGAAGAAGGAGGAGGAGCAAACCCGGCGUCGGGACGCCCAGCUGAAGCACAUGGAGAUAAUCCAGAGUCAGCUGAAGGACGAGAAGAACUCCAAGAUGGCCAAGGCGAGAGCCGCAGCAGAGCUGGCUGCCGCCACUCCCCCGACCGACUCCAGGAACGACACCAGAGAGAUCAAACCCGCUCAGAAAUCGGGCGAAGCUCCCAAGGAGACGCCGAAAACUGAGCCCAGGAGAAGCAGGGUCCCAAAGCAGGACGACGACUUCGGUCUGAAUCUCAAGUCCGACUCGAGAUUUCUGGCGGCUCGGCAACCCAACAAGUUCUUUGACUCACCUAUGACACCCGUCAAAAUGGCCCGAGCAGAUGAUGACCGAAAGAGACCGAAGCCAAUGCCUGAGAUGCCUUACACAGUAACUAGACAGGCAGCAGCGGGUGUACUGCAUGGCCCCCCUAAGUAUAAUAGCAGAAGUUACCAGGAAGGUGACUACGCUCCUAGCAAGGCUAGGGCCAAUAGGCCUAAGACUACUCUUGGGAAAGAGCACCAGACCCCGGAGCUAGUGACUGCUCCCAUGACACAUGACCCAGACAUCCUCAUUGUGGCACCGGACAGUGCCCAGUCUGACGGAGGAAGGGGUCGACGCUCCUCGCCACCUCCGACAGCCCCCAGCGAAGUCCAGGCUCCAAGGGUGGACAGGGUGGACAUUGAGUUGCAAACCACACUGGAGUUUGACAGAUGGGAGUCGGAGAGGAAGCGAGACGAGUCCAGACCCCCUGUGGUCAGAGGAACGCCCUUCGACUGGCGUGUCAAAAUCGAUGGUCUGUCCGAGGAGGAGAAGAAGAAGGUCCAGGAUGAGACGGAUGAUGAUAUUAAACAAUUCCAAGAACAAAACGGAGAUCUCAUGAGCCAAUUGACAGCUCUCAAGUCGAACUUAAAGCCAAAUGACAAUAGCUGGAACCCGGGAGGGACGGGCCAAAACAAACCGGAUAAGGGGCGCACUCCGCAAAAUAACAGUCGCAGAGAGACCCCGAGUCAGAACAGAAAUGGAGGAAGGGCUGCUAACGAUGGCUACGAGCCAUCCUUCGGCGGGAACACUCCCACCCGGAACAGCAACGAAGGGGGUCCCUCUGGUGGGCAGACGCAGCCGAAAUCUCAGCCUAAGUCAGUAAGACAACCACAGCAGCUGCCGCAGAGUCCUGAGACUAUUCCUUCGGGCAAAGGAGGAGUCGACUACAUGAGGAUAACGACACCUGACGAAUCGGAGGAGAGUUUGCCGGGCACGGCAUCUCAGGACGAGCCAGAAGAACAUCCCUUUGAUCCAGAUGACACAGAUGGCACGAUGAUAAGAAAGUUUUUGGCUCGAACAGGAAAACAGAGGUAAUGAAAUGAGAAAGGAACAAUCUGAAGACAGGUGGAAGACUGCCUAUUACUACCGAAGUUCAGGCUGCUGCCAACUCGUCCAUAGAAUGCCAUCCUACCACGAGGGUACCAGACUGUCAAAGAGGGUAUCACCUUACCACAAUAUUGUCAGCCUUUUUGAGGGCUGGAAACCUGCCAAUGGAUACCAGCCCAUCAAGGAAUACCAGCCUCUCAUGAGGACUUGUAAACUAGACCUGUCAAGAUGGUACUAGCCUGUCAGGAAGCUGACAACUUGACUCAAGGUUGUCAAACUGUCAUGAGCAGGACAACCUUAACCACCUAAACCCUUCGGUCCUUAACCUAAAUAUGGUAACAUUCAUGAACAAAAACUCUAAAUAUAUUUUAAACGCCAUCUCAGGAUAGGUUACGCAAAUUCUAUUGAGAUUUUUAUAUUCUGAUAUUCAGAAGAAAAGAUCUGUGGAAAUACUUAAGUGUACCUUAAAACUGAAAAAAAUGGACCUUCCGAAUCUGAAACAAUAUGAAAUACGUUUAUAUAUCUAUAAUCAAAGUAAUUAUAAGAUACAUCUGCCCAAUUAUGUAAUCUCCUUAGGCCUACGCAUUGCAGACCAGCUGUUCUUCAGUAGGGUGAAGAGAAAGCGAUUGUGGUACUUUAGAAAUGAAGAUUUGAUGUACAUUUUCUUGUACUUUUAGAACUAAAAGUGCAUUGAAUACAGCAGGACCUUUAAAGAUACAUU